CAUUGAACUCAUUUAUUAAAAAAACUUCGAAGUUAAAUCGUAUUUUGUGGCGUAAAUCUAAAAUAAUCACACACAGUAUUACACAGAUUAAACAGCGGUUUACCUUAAAACAUGUGAAAAUCUGCAAAAAACAAGAGACAAAAAUGUUAAAGUUACUUAGAAGCAACCAUUCUGUAAGCCGGCUAUUUUCGGAACUAACACUUCGGAGCCGGCCGGUUACCCGGGUCCCUCGACCGUUUCCGAUUCCUGUGAGGGCCCGUUUCCAUUGUAACCCGAUAUUAUCCUAUCGGGAAGAUGAUACCUGCGAGACGGCUAGUGAUCUUCGUGAAAUGCAGAAGGCAACUGCCAUCUGGAGUAAGGAGGAAUUGCUCGGUCGCAUUAGCGCCCUGCUGAAUAACCCCAAACGGGAGGAAUUGGAGCGGAUUUACAAGGCCAACAAAAAGGCUCUCAAAGUAAUUUUACCAAGGCUUCUGACCGAAAAUGUCCAGCUGCUGUUGCAGGAAGGCGUUAAUGAGCGGUCAAUUUUGAACCAUCCUAGAAUUCUGUCCAUUGAUUCCGAUGAGAUCGUGGCAAAGAUAAACACGCUGAAAAAGUUUAAAGGUCUUCAGGAUCUGAACCAUAUGAUACCAUUCCUCAAACUGGAUCAAGCGGUUUUGGAGGACAUGGUAAAUAUUUCGCAACAGGAGAAUAUCGAACAUGGCAACCGUAUCUAUUAUCUGGAGGCCCAAACGGGAGUCGACGUGGAAGUAAUAGCACACUACUUUGCCAAUAGCAUUCGAGUGUACAGUCGGGUGGGGCUAGAAAAGUUCCUAGACAAUCUGGAGUACUGUUUGCAGAACUUGGAACCGCUGGAUGUGGUUAGGCAUUUGUCUAUUCUGGCCUACGCUAGAUCCUCGAUAGAAGAACGUUUGAGGAUGCUGAAAAGUUCGCCAUUGGAGAAAGUGAAACCAUGGAUGAUUCGAGUGCCCAAUUUGGCUCUUGAGCGUUCGUUUGAAGAAAUUAUCGACAAAGGUCGAACUCCUUCAUUCAAAGAUCCGCUGACUGGUGUUUGGUUUGAGAACCAUGUGUCAAGAAGAAUUAUGGCACUCAUAGACUGUACCGAGGAAGAAGCCAAAAGCGUUUACAAGGAUAGCAAAGGUUCUGUUUCAGUGAUUGACAACAUUGAAGAGUUGCAGGAGUGGAAAAUUUCUCAAAAAACAAUACUGAACAAUAGAAGCUUACUAGGUAUGAUGAAUCACGAGCUGAAGAAAAAAAUUGGUGCUCUAAAUGGCCUCGUAGGCGUGCGAGAUUUAAACGAUUUGAUUCCGUUAUGUGCGCUGAAGCCUUUUCAGGUUAUUAAGUUGGUCAGAGCCAUGAACAACGACGAGCUAUCUGGUAAUACAAACCGCAUUUAUCAUUUCGCCGAUCGAACGGGAAUUGCACCGUCAGAGGUGGCCAAUCAGUUUGCCAGGCGAACCUUCAUGUUUCGUAUUCCAAAAGAAAGUUUUCUGGAAAAUUUAGAACAGUUUAUAGCGCACAUGGAUCCGGAAGAUGUCCUCGCUGAUUUGUGGGCCUUCAAAUAUUCGCCAGCCGUUGUGCAUGAGCGUCUUGCCCGGGCCAAAGAAGUUCGAGGCAGAAAGCUUAUGCCAUGGAUGGUUCGCUGUCCAGAUGUAGUACUGGAAAAGUCGCUGCAGCUGACUAAAGAAAAUGGAGCUCUUCUCGGAGAGAAUGAAACCAUCGUGGAAUAUUUCCAACGUCGACUUGGUUUCGAUCGAGAAAUUACGAAUUCAAUUUUUCUUAAGCUACCUUCAGUUAAAAAUAUCCGUAUUACCAAAGUCAAGAAAGUUAUCGACUAUCUGCUCGAGGAACUCGACUAUUUGCCCCAGGAUAUAGCGCUGAAUCCACGGAUUUUGAUGCACAGCUUAACAACAACUCGGAAGCGAAUGGCCCAACUUCAGGAGCUUGGCUGCCGACCGAGUUCCUUGGUAGUUGUCUGCAAGAGCCAAGUCCAGUACGAGAAGUUCAUUAAGGAUUGGAUUGAGGCAAAAGAUCGGAAGAAAAAGAUACAAGUGAUGAGAUGAUAAUUGUAUGAUCCUUUUACAGUAAGUACUU